AUGCCAUUGAAUUUGAUAGGUUUUGCAAAUGGAAUUUAAUUAUCGCACGAUGAUAUUUACCAAUUGGCAGAAAUCACUGAUUCUCUAAGGGAAAAUAAAAGGUUUGGCUAUUAUUUAAUAUACGAUCGAUUAUUAUUAUCCAUCAGAUAGGCAGCUUUGACUUAAGAGGAAAUUGAAGAAGUAAAGGGUCAAUAUAAUACUGAUGAGAAAGAAGCUGAUUAAGACUUGAUUAUUUACACAAGAGGCAUAUCAAGAUAAAAGCAAGAAAUGGAACAUAACUUCAGUUUCUUUGAAUAGUUGACAGUGUUGGUAGGAUCAGAGAAUGAAGCAUUCAAGUACAAUAUCAAUUAUCUUUUGGCUUACUUUGUAAACAAUGAUGAAUUUGUGUAAAAAUUAACAGCAGUCUAUGUUCACAAAGAAACAGGACAGGAAGUAGAAAUCGAAGGAGUUGAUCUAUUCUCUUAUGAUCAAGAUAAGAUUUUCUAAUAGAAACUUAAUAUUUCUGAAGAAACUUAACCUAAGUAUUUCAGAGUUCAUUACAAUGGUGAAAAUAUGGCUAUGAUAUCGUUCAAAACACAUGAAGCUGAAGAGACAUUUAGAAUCGACAAAACAUUUUCUUACAGAGAAGGAUAGGAUGCAACUGGUUAAUUGGAGACCUAUGCUUUUGAGUAAUUAAGGUUGGCUGGAUUCAGAGGUAGAAUAGUCAAGAAAGAUGAGUAUUCUCAAAUAAUCAUGUUAGCUGCUGAAUAUCUUUAAAAGGAUCCGAAAGUAGAAGAACAAAAAAGAAACCAACCAGAAACAUUGCCAUAAUUACCAGAAAAUUGGAAUCAAGGGAAAUUCCAACUCAUCAUUAAUAGAUGUUCUGAUUGUGAAAAACAUAAGACAACUACUUGGCAUAAUGAGGCUGAUUUCGCCAAUAAAUUUAAUGAAAUUGGAUAAAUUUUAAAAGAUUUAUUCCCAAACAUAGAAGUAAUAGGAAAUUGGGAUAAAACACAACAAUUAGAGCAUUUUGAUGUUUAUAUUAGAGGAGUGGGCUAAUUAAGUUAGAUGGAUAAAGAAGGGAGAGUAUUUUUGUUUAGAAAGAACGAAAAGUUGGCUAAAUUCUUGGAUUGCUUCUUGAAGAGAAUGUUAAAGGUCUAUGAUGAUAUUGUAUUAAUUGCUUAGGCCUAUGGAGAUACAAACUAUCUGGCAAACAAAUAGGAAUAGUUCUUAAGAACCAAUAAUUACUCAUAAAGAUCUAAGAUAGCUCAUGAUCACCCAUGCAAUAUACCUGACAAAUAAGAGAAAUCAGAAAAGGGAGAAGCCUAAUAUGCUGGUUCUGAUUUCAUUUGUAAGAAUUGGGGUUGUGGAUAACCAUAUAAAUUUGAUUCAACUCCGAAUGGUAUUAAAACAUGUAAACAUCACCCUGGUAGAUAUGAAUUCGGAUCUAAACAUGGAUUAUGGCCAGAAUGUUGGACAUGUUGCGGUAAAAAGUGGGAAGCUGAGGGCUGUAAAUUAGAAUAUCACAAGGGUGUUCCUGAAAAAGACUUAUAUAAUAUUUGUAUCAAUGUAGGUCCCUUGGAUCCAAGAACUGGUUAUCCUGAAGGCACUUGUGGAAUGAGAUUCUAAGAUGGGGAUUCUUCAGAAUGUAAAUAUAACUCUGGAACUCAUCAAGCUGCCAAAUGGCCUGAUCCUGCAGCCAAAGUCUAUUUUGUACAAAAAAUUACACAUUGUAAUUAUAAUUUGUUAAUAUAUAUAUAGAAUCCUGCUUAGAAAGAAAAGGAGACUCAGCCAAAUAAAAACAUUCAAAUUAGACCAGAUGUAUUCAGAGAGACUAAACCUUAUAAUGAGUUUAUUAAUAAGGAUAGAUAGAGAUAAAUGAAAUUGAUUGAGACUGAGAAGGAAUUAAGAAUAUGUACAAAUUGGGCAUAAAAAAGAAUAUGUGUAGAUGUCACCCAGGAGUGUUUGAUUUUGGACACACUGCUACUAAAAUUUAAGAAGCUAUUGAAGAAUAUAAAUAAGAAAAAGGAUCCAAAAUUCUAUGGAAACCUCAUUGGACUUGUUGUCGUAAAUCUUGGAAUGAACCAGGAUGUCUUUUAUCAAAACACUCAGGACCUUUAGUUAUUGAAUAUAAGGCAAAUAAAUACUAGUGGCCAGAUCCAAAAGCUUAAAUCUAUUUUAAAAAGAAGGUAUCAGAUAUAUUGGAAAAAAAUGCUUGAAUAAAGUCAUAGUCUGACACCUGAAACAGCCAGUUUGAAAUAUGAUCUAUUGUGCAAGACUUUAGGAUCUGGAGGAUAAAUUUCUGUUUAUAAACUGCCUGAAUUAUGUGAUAAAUUCGAACUUAAUCUUUGGGUUUGUAGUGAAGACUUGGCAUUUUAAUUUAAAUUUACAGAUAUCAUGGAAGGUAGAGCUCAGGAAUAUUUGGCAGACACAAGUGGAAAUAUUGAUAAACAUAAAUUCUUAGAUUGGUGGUUUGCUGAUGUCAAUAGGAUGUUAGAAAUUUCAUCAAAAUGA